AUGGCGCCACCAGCUCGAGCCCUUUUCUCACGUCAAAGAUUGAUUCUUGGUACCUUUCUUGGUGGUGGUGCUCUUUUCGUCAGUAUGAAAUGGAAAGCCGUCAUGCAAAGAAGUGAGGCCGCGAAGAUUGCUGGAUCAAAACAGAAUUUUGCUGUUGCUGCUGGUAGAAGCGGUGAGGCUUUGCGAUAG